CAACCCUAACCGAAUCGUUUUCCAACACCGACUACACAGCUCAAGUUGUUUUUGGGCCGACAUCCGAAUUUUUUGCUUGAAAAAAUGACCGCCGUGUUCCGCGUUGGCCUGGUGCGGCUUGUCAGCCGUGCCGCGCAGUCGCCCAACCUGCUGCAGGCGCAGAUUAACGGCCUGCCAGCCGCCUUCCAACGUUGCAGCAUCUCGGGCAAGACAAUGCGGGGUGGUCCUCGGGUGCCAAAGGCGGCCCCAUAUCCGUACAAGACGAAGAAGUACAACGUAAUAAGCUCGUUCUUCGACAAGACCUCUACGCGCUUCGACGAGAACUCAAAGGUGAUUUGCGUCGAGGGACCCAUUGCCUCCGGGAAGACCAAGUUCGCCCAGGAGUUGGCCGAAGAGCUGGACAUGCAGUACUACCCGGCCGUGGAUCUAGACCUGAUUUACAUUAAUUCGUACGGAUUCGACUUGAGGAAGCUGGACCCAGAACUGCCACCCAGCUGCCGUAGCUACGAUAUCCGCAACUUCUGCCAAGAUCCGAACCACGACCUGGCCGCCCAGUUCCAGAUUCGCAUGUACAUGCUGCGCUAUUCGCAGUAUAUUGAUGCUCUGCAACACAUUCUCAGCACCGGACAGGGCGUUGUCUUGGAACGUAGUCCCUAUUCGGACUUCGUCUUCAUGGAGGCAAUGUUCCGCCAGGGCUACAUAUCCCGCGGCGCUCGUUCCGUGUACAACGAGCUCCGCCAGAACACCAUCGGUGAGCUGCUGAAGCCGCAUUUGGUCAUCUACCUGGACCGGCCGGUGGAGGCCGUUAAGAAGGAGAUCAAGGCACGCAACGUGGACUACGAGGUGCAGUCAAAGGUGUUCAGCGAUGCGUAUCUGCGCGAUGUGGAGAUGCUGUACAAACAGCAGUAUCUCAAGGACAUCUCCACCCACGCCGAGUUGCUCAUCUACGACUGGACUGCCGGCGGUGAGACCGAGGUUGUUGUGGAGGAUAUUGAACGUAUCGACUUUGCCCAGUUUGAGGCUGAUUCCCACAACAAGAAGAUGCUCGACUGGCGUUUCCAUCUGGAGAACGAGUGGACCGAGGCCCGUAUUAAGUACUGCAGCGAAAAGUCCGACCUGAUGAACUACUUCAAUGUACCGCGCUUCGACGUUCCCGAGUUGCUCCGAAGCGCCGACGACAGCAAGGUCUGGCGCGAUGUCUGGUACAAUGCUCCCGGCAUGAAGUUCCGCCCUGGUUACAAUGCGGAUAUGGGUGAUAGCGGUCUGCUCACCAAAACGAAAAUGGGCAUCAACGAGGCCAUCUAGAGGGUUUUUGCUAUGCUCUUGAAUUUGAGAAAACAUCUGGCGAAAUGUGUUAAUUAUCUAAUAAACAAUCUAGUAAAAUAAUCAUUCGA